UGGUGAUUUGAAUUAUUUUUAAGGACUUUAUGAUUUUUAUUUAUUUUUAUCUUAUUAUUAUAUUUAAUUUUCGAAAGCUUCUUUUAAAUGCCUACUUAAUAUAUUUUCUCUUUAUAAUUUAUCUUAAAUUUAAUGAGUAAGUGUAAUAAUUUCUAUUUAUUUUUAAUUUAUAUCUUCAUUUUUUGUAAAUAUUUCUUUUUUAAUUCUUCAAUCUCUCUAUUUUAUAUAUUUUCUUUUGUUUUUUUCAUUUUUUGUAAAGUUUCAAUUUAUUUUUUUAAUAAAUUUAUUUUUUCUUUAUUUUCCUUUAAAUUUUUCUCCUCUUCGUUUUUUUAAAAUAUAUCGAUUUUAAGAUCUUUUGCUUCUUCUAUUUUUUUUUUUAAUUCUUAGUUUAUUAACUAUUUUUUUUUGUUAAUUUCAUUUAUUUAAUUCGCUAUUUCUUCCCUUUUUUUUUAACCUUCAUGGUUUUUUUAAACUAAUAGAUUUAUUUCUUUCCUCAAAUUAAAUAUUUCUUUGCUUUAUUAUUCAUCUUCGUUUGCAUUCUGAAGUCUUUUGGCCUAUUUUUGGUUAUCUAAUUGUACACUUUUGAUUUCUUUUUUGUUUUUUCAAUUAAAUUUUUCGUGGCUUUUAUUUUUCUUUCGACUUCUUCUAUAUAUUGAGGGUUUUAAAUUAAAUUUAAUCUAUCUUAUAAUUUAUUUAAUUCGAUUUAAUAUUAUUUGAUUUGCUUUUGAUUAUUUUCUUAUUCCGAGUAUUUAUUUUCUUAUAUUUUAUCUUUUAAA